AUGCUAGAUACACCAGUUCACCAAGAAGGCAAUGAAGGGCUUUCGUUACUCGCUUCAGAACCAACAAACCGAGACGACGGCUUCUUCGAGGGAAGCUUCAACGGCGUCAAGUCAUUGGCACUCGACAUCCCUAACCCGAGACAGGACUUUCUCAACGAAGAAGAACAUGACGGUCCGCUGUUUCUCGCGCUCUUGAUGGGGAAUAACACUCUCAACGAUGCCGCUCAGAAAGGAGCCAAUCAGCCUCAACUAGUGCCUGAUACACUGGACCCCAGAUCGGCAUCACAAGCGCAAGUUACAGAUAGACAAGCCAUUCCAGGUUUGUUGAGUUCAAAGCUGAUGGUGCAGGAACUCGUAUCAUCGCAGACGGAGGAAGAAGAUGACGGUCCGCUAUUACUCGCACUUUUGAUGGGGAAUAACAACAACAACGCUGCCGCUCAGCCAGCAGCCAUUCAACCAGCGCCCGAUACACUAGACCCAAGACCAACAUUGCAAGCACAAGCCAUGCCUGAUGCGCUGUCCAGAGAUUGCGUAGCCGAGCUUCUCCGCAGCGUUCACGAGAUCGCGGACAUCCUUGCCAAUGCCGAUGACAAGCGUGUCAAGUCGCACACGUACGACGCAGGUCAAGAUCAUUAUGUCUCUCCCGUGGGCCGCGUGCUGGCAGUACCAUCCAAACUGGCCUUGCAACCCGGAGUCGUACAGAGCCUUGUCAUCGUCAAAGCAGCCCAAGUCGGCGCGAAAGUCGUGCCGCACCAGGACGGCUGCUCAGGCUUUACUAAUCCGCCCAGUUGCACGACUUUCUGGUAUGCCCUCGAAGAUGCAACCACCGCCAACGGAUGCUUGGCUGUUGCACCAGGUAGUCAUAGGUCGCGGCCUCUUACACCACGGUGUCGUCGGGAUAAGAAUGGGCUGCCUGAGUUUGUGGAACUAGACGAGCCCGUACAUGCUACUGUAGAUGGUGUAUCGACGGAAAUCCCGAUCCCGCAGAAAAAUGAUACCGGAGAUCUGGUAUUCGAGCAGCUCGAGGUCAAGGCCGGGACAUUGAUCCUAAUGCAUGAAAAUCUUGUGCAUACUAGUGAAGCCAACAAGAGUAGCAAGAGCCGUGUCGCAUUCAACUUUGGCGUGGUUGAGGGGACGCACGAGUGGUUAGCAGAUAACUAUUUGCAGCCUUACGAGGGCGAGAUGGAGUUUGAGCAGCUUCGUGCUUGUUAG